GUGACAGGUGCAUCACCUGCUGCUCUCAGUGCGUCACACCGGUCGAGUGUAGAGCGAGGGCUGAGGAGAGAGUGCAGACAGGCGGAGCUACAGAGAACAGCAGUCCCCUGUAGACAUCACCUGUUUAUCCUCAGACAUCACUGCACCGUCACUGUCUACACUCACCUCUGCCUGGAGUUACAGGGAAGUCCUCAAUGUCACCCUAGAGCUGCAGAACGGCGUAGACUCUUCAUCUUUGUUUACUACUCUGGACAUCAGGCUUCAGAAUGAAGAAAAGGAUCCACGGCGCCACAAUCAACAGCAUGCAUCAGAGUAGUGAAGACCAGGACCCACAGCUGUGCAGGGACAAGGAGGACACAGAAGAGAGGAAUCAGCAUCGCAGAGCAGAGAAAUUACUGGCAUUUUGGACAACACUGUCCCAUCGGACUUGGGACUGGCUUAAGCCCCGAGACAGACCGAGCUUCCAGCGCUCAGUGUCAGCUCUCAGGCUGCUUAAGAGCGAGGCGUGAUGAGAUAGACUGUGCCUGAUGUGCUUGUUUGUGUUUUUUUGUGUGUCUGUAUGUAUGUAUGUGUGUGUGUGUAAAUGUAUAGAUCUGUCAGCAUGAGAGCUCCAGGAUAGUCUGCAAUCAAGGACCUGUGUAUGUGUGCUUCCAUAGAGUCUAUAGGACAGCUGGGUCAAUUUUGAAACCUAAAAAAAUCUGCCAGUGUAAUUUUGUCUAAGAAGGAAAAACCUAAUCAACUUAAAACGUAAAAACAGAUCCAAACUUUUUCACUCGCCCACACAUCAGAUGGAGUGUGUAGUAAACUUGUUGUUGCCUCCUUUGACUGGAGAUGGAUUAAUAUAGUCAUCGUGGUGGCAAUCCAUCUUUGGCUGGAGCUACAUUUUAAAGACAAGAAGCUGCGAGGUGUCAGAUGUGAAGUGACACAACUGCCCCGAGGUCCACUACCUGAGAGCACAUGGACCAUUGCCAUUCAGAUCCCCCUGCUCUUCUCAGUGUCUGGACUAAACAUGGUAGCAGCUCGUAUCGUCAUGAACACAGUGCAACACUGGGAUGUGUUCACGGACAUCUCAGAGGUUUUUAUUUUGGUGCCAGCUAUGGUGGGACUGAAGGGUAAUCUGGAAAUGACACUGGCAUCCAGACUGUCGACAGCAGCCAACACAGGGCAGAUGGAUGACCCGCAGCAGCAGUGGACUAUGAUGAUCUGUAAUCUCGCUCUUAUUCAGGUGCAGGCAACAGUAGUGGGUUUCCUGGCUGCAGUUGUGGCUAUAGGUCUGGGGGCUCUGACUGGAGGGAGAGUGACAGCUGUGGAGAUAGCAGUACUUUGUGCCAGCAGUGUCACCACAGCCUUCAUCUCUGCCUUAUCUCUAGGACUUGUGAUGGUGGCUGUCAUCAUUGGCUCUAGAAAAAUGGGUAUAAAUCCAGACAAUGUGGCUACGCCUAUAGCAGCCAGUUUGGGAGACCUGAUCACACUGUCAGUGCUGGCUGGAGUCAGCAGUCUCUUCUACUGUCACCGAGACAUGUGGUCCCUGUUCGUGUUGGUGUGCGCCUUCUUCCUGGCGCUGCUCCCAGGGUGGGUCGUUAUCGCGCGCCGCUCUCGGCCCAUCAGAGAGGUGCUCCGGUCCGGAUGGCUGCCUGUUAUUUUGGCCAUGUCUGUGAGCAGUGUUGGGGGGCUCAUACUGGACAAAACCGUGAGCGACCCCAGCUUUGAAGGCAUGGCCGUGUUCACUCCAGUCAUCAACGGAGUAGGAGGGAAUCUAGUAGCCAUCCAGGCAAGCAGGAUGUCAACGUACCUGCACUACUGGAGCACUCCUGGAGAAUUGCCCCCCAAAAUGAGAGUGACCUACCCUAGCCUCCAUGCCACCUUUUGCUGCGAAGAUGUCAACUCCAGAUCUGCCAGAGUUUUGCUUCUGCUUGUUGUGCCUGGUCACAUGCUCUUCCUCUACACCAUCUACCUCCUACAGGGCGGCCAUACUGCCUUGACCCUUACCUUCAUCAGCUUCUACUUGUCUGCAGCACUACUACAGGUUGUCAUCUUGUUGUACAUCGCAUCAGUGAUGGUGCGGUGGCUUUGGAGAAGAGGCCUGGACCCUGAUAACUUUUGCAUUCCAUAUCUGACAUCGCUGGGUGACUUGUUGGGGACAAGUUUCCUGGCUCUGACUUUUAGAUUCCUAGUGAUAGCUGCUCCAACUGGGAAUGGAGAAUAGUCUGGAAGUUGAUUUAAUACGCCAUGGAAGUGGUGUCCUGAAAAGAUGCCCAGAGAGAAAGAAGGAACAACAACAAACAAACGACAAAUAUUUUAAAUAUAUUAAAAGAAAUUUAGAGAAACAUUGUGGCCAUACUUGCUAAAUAAGUGUGAGUAGAAUAUACACUAAUAUUCAGGGUGCUGUGUCAGUUAUCCAGAUAUAGUCCAGUACAGCACAGUACAUCAAGUACACCCAACAAAUUCAGAUCCGUAAGCCCAGAUGGAUUAGUAUAGUAUGAUAAAGGUAGAAUAAGCAGCAUCCAUUAUAUUGUUGUUCUUUUACUAUACCUUAUAAAUGUUAUGUCAACAUAUUCACAACAUAAUUUAUCAGAAAGAGUUACUUCCUGCAAAAGACCAGCUUGUUCAUACACAUCUGCUGAAGAUGAGUCAUCAAUUGUAAAUGUCUUCAAUGUUGAACAGCUAUUAUUGUGUUUUAGCAAUAAAAUAAAACAGUGUCUGUUUAUUAGUGAUAGGUAAUGCUGCAGUGAGUGAGCUUACCAAGUGCUUUUUGUUUACUCGUGGCUUCAAAAUGAUGUUAUUGUGUUUGCUAUUAUGUGUCUUGUGCUGCACACUGUUAAAUCAGGUUGUUUAAUGUACAUGUCACAUGCCAGUAUUUUUCGGAGGCCUUUCAAUUGUUGGGUAUGCACUUUUAGAAAUAUGUACUUUUAUUGUUGACAUGUCAAACCUUACUACACCAGUUCAAAUAAGCAUGUGUGGACUUUGUAAAUGAGUUGUAAUUGCAAAAAGUGAAAUAGUAAUAUUAAUAUAAAAUGUCUCCUUUUAUUGAGAUU